CUUCUAUUAGCAGUCUCGAACCAACAACGCAUUCGCAACCCCGAUCACGUCAACAUGUCAAAAAAACAGUCGAAAACCAAAGAUGGCUCCUCUGCGGCUGCAGCGGGUGAUUCGCGAUUCGCUAAUUUCGAAUCCGAUCCACGUUUUCGCCUCCCCUCGAAGCAUCGCAGCAAAACUACUAUAGACAAACGUUUUUCGCGCAUGCUCAAAGACGAUGAUUUUGUCGCAAGCGCAAGAGUUGACAAGUACGGCCGAAAAUUGAAGUCUGAUAGUAAAAAGAAGGCCCUACGAAACAUAUAUCAGGCGGAAGACGAUGAAGAUAUUGAAGUGGACGAGGACGAUGUGGUGGAACGAGAGCUUCAGAAGGCCAAUGCUAAAUAUGAUCCAGCUCGUGGCGGCGGCUUCUCAUCUUCUGAGUCAGAUUCCGACUCCGGUUCUGAUGCCGAAGACGACGACGAUGAGGGUGCAGAACCUGAGGUUGAUACAUCUGGAAGUAUGCAAAGGUUGCGCGACGCUCAGGCAGACGUCGAGACGGGGGAUGUCACAAAACGAAUAGCAAUUGUGAACCUCGAUUGGGAUCAUAUAAAAUCGGCCGAUUUACUGGCGCUAUUUUCCAGCUUCGUACCUAAAGGUGGACGAAUCGAGCGAGUUUCUAUCUACCCUAGCGAGUUUGGUAAAGAGCGAAUGCAACGGGAAGAAUUAGAAGGACCUCCUAAAGAAAUAUUCAAGAAAACAUCCGAUUCAGCAGACGAGGACUCCGAGUCGGACUCCGAAGAAGAAGAAAGUGACGAAGAGGAAGACGAUGACGAGAAGAUAAAGAAUGAUAUCCUAAAAGAAGGAGAUGAUCAAGACUUUGACAGCGAUGCGCUUCGGGCUUACCAAUUGGAUCGCUUGCGAUAUUAUUAUGCCGUAAUGGUAUGCUCCGACACGGCUACGGCGGAAAAGAUUUAUCAAGCCACUGAUGGUACGGAAUACCAAUCUUCGUCAAAUUUUAUGGAUUUGCGGUUCAUUCCAGAUGACGUAACAUUUGAUGACGAGCCAAGAGAUCAGUGCGACUCUAUAACAUCCGAUUACAAGCCGACGGAGUUCACAACCGACGCUCUCCAACACUCCAAGGUCAAGCUCACGUGGGAUAUUCAUCCAGAAGAAACGUCCCGAAGGGAUGAUAUAAAACGAGCAUUUAGUGCUAGCCGUGCCGAACUCGGAGAGAACGACUUGCGCGCUUACCUGGCGAGUGAUAGCGACGACGAUGGUGUUCAAGAUGAGGACGAAGAAGAUCAAAUAGACGUGGCGGAUGAUCAACCGAAGCUAUCAAAAAAAGAGCUAAAAGCGAAGAAACUACGCGAAGCUCUUGGAUUGAGUUCCGAACCGUUAUCCCGAUCAUCAAAGUCCGGACCGGUCGGAGAUAUGCAAGUUACUUUCUCAGCUGCAUUAAUGGAUGGCGAUAAGAAGAAGAAAGAGCCAGAGGCCGAGGAGACGACACUAGAAAAGUACAAGCGCAAAGAACGGGAACGAAAAGCCAGAAAGAAGGAGAAAGCAGUGGCGAAGCGUAAUGAGGCACCCGAUGAAGAGGAUGGCGACGAAAUCGCAGAGGCCCAAGAUGACCUUGGAUUUGAUGAUCCCUUCUUCACUACCGAUGAGCCUGCCAAGAAGUCGAAGCACUUCGAAAAGAAGGAGGAUCGCCGAAAGAGGCGAGAAGCAAAGGAUGCGGAAGCAGCUGAAAAUGCUGCGCAAAAAGCGCAAUUGGAGCGACUCAUGGCGGAUGAUUCUAAAGAGGCAGCCGAACAUCUUGAUCAUUUCGAUAUGAAUGAGAUCGGCCGCGUAGAGAAGCAGAAAUCUAAGAAAUAUAAGAAGAAAGGAAAGAAGGACGUCGAGGAUCACGGCGGUCUUCAAGAAGGGUUUGAAAUGGAUGUUAAGGACGAUCGAUUCAAGGCUGUUUUCGAAAGCCAUGAAUAUGCAAUCGACCCUUCUAAUCCAAAGUACAAGGGCACCCAAGGAAUGAAGAAGUUGCUCGAGGAGAGGCGGAAGAAGAGGAAAAACGAGCCGGAUGAGCUAGAUGGCCCGCAACGGCAUAGUGGCAAGGCUAAGAAGCAAAGGGGAUAAUGCCAGCCAUACAAAAUUAAAUAACUGGCCAGCAUUACCCAAGACCACAGGCGCACCGAACGAUUCGCUUCGCUGGCGUUCGAAACCCGUGACGAUCGAU